UGACUCUGAACACAGUGAGUGGGAGGCCGAGGAAAACCGGAGAUCAGGGAGAUAAGAGAUUUAAAUAAAUAAAAAAACAGUGAACGGUGGCACAUCUGAGAGACUCAAUAGAGAGAGAAAAAACGAAAGAAAAAACAGGAUAAACUAACAGCACUGAAGAAAGCUGUUUGGGGGAUACCACGUGUGUGUGUAUGUGUAUAUGUCUGUAUGAGGCUGUUGAUAUAUGUUGAAACAGGGUUAGUCAGAUACUAAGGAAAUUCAAAGCAGAUUAUGGAACCCUCAAGUCCCGCGGAGGGCCCGGUGGAACCCAAAGAAAGAAGGAAAAUUCAGUUUGCAGUCCCAGCCACAGAACCAACCCAACUGGACCCGCGGCAGGUUGAAAUGAUCCGACGACGAAGACCCACACCUGCCACACUGUUCAAAGUAGCAGAUCAAACAACAACUGAGGAUGAUAACUCCACCCAUCAGUGGGUUGUAGGGGAAAAUGGUGUCCUAAAACCAAAACGAAUCAACCCAAAUAUCUACCAGCCACCAUCAUUAAAAGCCGUUCAGCAGAUGGCUGAAGCUCAGAUGCAGAAAUUAGGUGUGUAUCCUCAUGUAGAGGAGGAAGGGGAGGAGCCUAUUCUGAGAGAGGAGGAGGAGCUAUCCUCAUCCCACAUGCCUGAUUCACAGGAGCAAAUGGGCAUGGCGGAUAACCAAUCGGGAAUCGGAAAGGCAAGAGCCACAGAACCGACUGAUGAAGAGGAGGUGUUGUUAGAGGAAGAAAAAGACGAUAUGGCAGAGGAUGAGUGCAGAAAUGUGGAUUGAGGAUGCAAGACUUAUUAUUAUUUAGAGUGAUUGAUUAUUGGUUAUCAGUGAUUCCAUCCUUAAGCUGUUGGUUUGUUUUCGGAGAGAGAAAAAGGCUGAACACCUGGAUUUUUGGAGUGGUCAUAUGAAUUAGUGAAAUAGUCAUAUAUAAGGUCAAACCUACAGUAUCAGACAUCAUGUAUUUUGAUAUCACCCAUAAACACAGGUAAAGUGCAAAUGUUUAGUUCUUUGAGCAGUGCCGUAUGAAUGCUUUGAAUGAAGUGUUUUCACACUCCAGGAGGAGACGUGUCAGUGUUCAUAUCAAAGCAAGUGUUAUGCCACAUUUCCUGUAUGUGUGGGUUGUGUGUAGUUAUGUUUGAAAUUGCAUGCUACCAUACCUCUCUUACAAUUUAUACAUUAUAGAAGUAGUAUGGUAGUAUGCAAUUCUAGAUGUGUGUGUGUGUGUGUGUGUGUGUGUGUGUGUGUGUGUGUGUGUGUGUGUGUGUUUGUAUUCAUCUGGACCUGCACUGCCAUCUAGUGUACAGAGGAUUGAUAUACUAAGUCCAUUGAUCUUAAUGAAAUAAUUUGCUAAAAAAAAACAAAAAAACUUGUGCACAUGAAAAGGCUGACUAUCUCAAUUUUUUAGGAGCAUUAUUGUCUAGCAUAUUUUGCUGUUAAAUCACUACUACCAUCUGGGCAGCUUCUGUAAACACUGACUAAACUUCAAAUGGCAGUAAAUUUAGGCCUCUUUCUUACAAACUAAUAUAAUUCAUACAAUUUAUUUUUCCAUUUUUAAUCACAAGUUUUGACGUUCAUUUGUGGUUUGUCAAUGACGUGAUAAGUUUCCACAAACGUUUUAUUUACAUACUGAAUUUGCUUCUUUUAGAUUCUAAUAUGGCCAUAAUUAUUUACAGAUGAUACAUUUCCAGAUUUAGUGCCUCUGUGCUCAUAUACAACGGGAAUAUCAGAAACAUGUGUAAAUAAUUUUGUGCAGUUACUGUAAUUAAAGGAUUGUAUUAAUAUCAACUAGAUAACUUAUUACUAAUCAUAGUUUUUAUUAAGAGAAUGUGUUACAUGUUUCUUGCAUAGCAAAAUCCAAAGUUAGGGAACAAAUGUUGAAAUGUUUUUAAACAUUAAUAAUAGUUCAAAUGAACUAAAACAUAAAAAGUUCAAGGAUUUACAACAGCCACAUAUUGCUUUUUGUAAGGGGGGAAAAAAGUGAUUUUAUCAACUCACAUUUAUAUACAUGUAACAAUUCAAAACUCAUUGACAUGCAAUAGGCUUAUGUGUUUGUACCAAUAAAUAUAUUUGCACUGAAGUGUUAAGAAGUCUUUCCUUUUUAUAUUUUUUGGAAUGAAAAAAAAUGCUGAAAUAAACUGAUAGUUAAGAGUUUGCCAAAGUGAUGUGUCAUGAACUACAUGAUCAAAUGUACAUCGGAUGAAAUGAAAAUGUCACUAAUACUGUGUAUAUAUUUUUCCUUUUAUAAUUUAGUCUUACUCGGACGUCUCUAGGUUUUAGGCCUAGUGCCAUUUGGACAAAACUGAACAUGGUUUGAACCUCUGUUUGAAGUGCUAUGAUGCUUUGUUGUUUUUGUCAGUCUACAUUUGGAAAUAAAGUAUGAUUUUUAUUCCCCUAACCAAUGAAAGCAAUGAGAAGAUUGUUCAAACAUUUUGGUAAUUUUCUCAUUUUCUGAUCAUGUAAACUAUUACCCAAUUUAGCCAAUAUUCUGGUGUCUAGAAAUGAUUGCUGCAGAUGUCUGUGUAUAUAUAUCAAGCUAUCAAAGACACAUUUUUUAAGCUUGGAAGGUCAGAUACUUUCAUAAAAAUCAAAAUAAAGGAACUUAAAUCAAUACAUAGA